AUGGAGGACAGCGGCGUCGCGGCGGCCUACGGGGAUGGGCUCGGCGCCCCGCCGGCGCCGCUCGCCUCCCCCUGCAGCCUCAGCUCCUCGCUGUGCUUUAGCGCGGGCGAGCGCGGUGCGCAGCCCCAGCCCCACGGCGCCGAGGACGGCGCCGGCCACGUGGUGGAGAGCCAGUGGGACAUCAACAGCACGGCCACCGAGGCGUCUGAGGCGUCGGAUGUCGGCAAUGGCGAUGGGGACGAGUCGGCGCCGCCCGGCCCACAGCGCCCGCCGUGCGAGGAGCCCGACCUGGUGAUCGAGGUGUCGGGGCGGCGCAUCCGCGCGCACAAGGCGGUGCUGGCGGCCAAGAGCGACUACUUCCGCGCGCGCGCCUCGCGGGACAUCCUGCGCGUGAAGGGCGUGAGCUACGCGGCGCUGCGCCUCCUCAUCGACUACGUGUACACGGCGCGCAUGGGCGACGUGCGCCACGACAACCUGGCCGAGGUGGUGAGCGGCGCGCGGGUGCUGCAGAUGCCCUGCGCGCUGCACUGCGCCGCCGAGGCCAUGCGCGCCCAACUGCGCCUCGACAACUGCUACCAGCUGCUCUGCCUGGCCAAGAAGCAGCGGCUGGCGGAGCUGCGCGAGGCCGCCUACCGCUUCAUGAGCGACCGCUACCUGGAGGUGCUGCGCGAGCCCGGCGUCUACGGCCGCCUGAGCGGCGCCGAGCGCGACCUCAUCCUGCGGCGGCGCCUCGAGGCCGGGCGCCGCUGCCUGCUCGUGGCCGAGGUGAGCGACGCCUUCGAGCGGCCCGGCGGCGGCAGCCGCCCGCAGAGCCGCGAGAGCAGCCGCCCGCAGAGCCCGUCCUCGGUGGCCUCGCUCGAGGACRGCGGCGCCCUCGUGCACUGCUACCAGGAGGCCAGCCGCGAGUGGCGGGUGCUCACGCGCCUGCCCGAGGAGGCCAACGCCAAGGGCUGCGCCAUGUGCGUCCUCCACAACUACCUCUUCCUGGCUGGCGGCAUCGCGGCGGGGCCGGCGGGCGGCGAGCCCCGUGCCCGCCUCUCCGACAAGGUCUUCUGCUACAACCCCCUCACYGACACGUGGAGCCAGGUGCGCUCGCUGGCGCAGCCCCGCUCGCAGCUCAAGCUGCUGGCCCUGGACGGCUAUUUAUACGCCGUGGGCGGCGAGUGCCUCUUCACCGUGGAGAGGUACGACCCGCGGGCCGACCGCUGGAGCCCUGUGGCGCCCCUGCCCAAGGGUGCCUUCGCUGUGGCCCACGAGGCCACCACCUGCAAYGGCGAGAUCUACGUGUCCGGUGGRUCCCUCUUCUACCGCCUGCUCAAGUACGACCCCAAGCGUGACGAGUGGCAGGAGUGCCCCUACAACAGCAGCCGCCGCCGCUCCGCCGACAUGGUGGCCUUCAAGAACUUCAUCUACCGCUUCGACGUGAGCAGCGGCCGCGGUGGCGAGCAGGGCCCGAGCGGUGGGAGCGCCGGCGGCGUUGAAGUCUUCCGCUACAACACGGUGGCCAAGUGCUGGAGCCAGUGUGCCAGCCUGCGGCCCAGCGGCGGCCCCGUGCAGCCCUUCCGCUGCGCUGCCUUGGGCAACACCAUCUACUGUGUCAACCGGACCGGCACCCUGUGCUUCAGCCUGGCCCAGGACGGCGAGGUGGAAGCGGAUGGUGGGCUCAAGGGCACCUUCGACAGGGAGCUUCUCAAAGCCCCCUUAGAUGCCAGGGGCGUCCUCCUCCCGUUUGUGCUCACCCUGCCAGAAAAGCCGGACAAAGCUGGGGACCCGGAGGGCUCCCUUACACUGUGAGGUGACCACCUUGGCUCGUGCCUCCUUGGCAGGGCGCUGGGUUGUGGCUGUGGGGACCCACAAACUCCCUGCCACAGAGGGGACCCUUGGGGAUGUUGGCAGAGAGAAGGGUCUCCCCCUUUGCUCCUCUCCUCUCCCAAGAUGUUGGUCUGGAGCCACUUUGUGGUUGUAACUCUUCUCGCAUUUGCUGGGUUGUGUUUGAAAAGCCAAGCAAAUGAAAGGAAAAGCUGCUAUAAAGGAUCAUCUCUGGAUUAUGUUUGUGCCAAUUCCCAUACUAAAGAGAACUUUUUUACACCUGAAUUUCUAAAAAUUCCUGACAACAGUGUCAUAACGGGACGUCACAGGUAGUGUUGGUCGCACAUACAUGCCUAGUUGCAACCUGGGCAGGAGCCUUUUCUGCCAUUCAUUCUCUCCCCUGGAUGAUACCGAGUGAUGAAAAGUGCUAGCAGUGCAGUUUAACUGAAAUUGGUUCUAUGUUAAGCCAACAGCACUGUGUUAGAAAGGUGUAGGAAGAUUAUCAGAAUUGCAGCCUUUCAUUUUUUUGUGCAAUAGAUUCUUUAAGGAAGACGUGACACUGUGGUCCCAGGAAUUUCAGCCUCAAUGAGUGAUUUAACAAAUAUCAGACUUAAGAGUUUAAAGCAACACAAAUGUGUGCCACAUGUUCAUAUUUGGCAUACAAUAAAAUAAUAAAAAAGGCAAGUUAUCUAUUUAAAAUAUGGAAGCUGUAACAGAUAGGAAGUGUUCAUAUGUUCUUUCCUGAAAAAGGUGAUGAUUUCUGUAUAAAAAGACAAUGUUUAUUUUUUUUUUUAUCAGAGGUUUUAAAUUAUAACAAAAAUGAACCGAGGCUGUUCAGAGUGCAGCAGAUUUACAUGACACCAUGUAUGUCACUAGAGCUGGGGAAAGUAUUUUGUAGUUCCACUGCUCUUUAAUUAACUGCAGGUCAAGGAAAUUAACCUAAACCAAAUGUAAAUUCUUUGCAGUUGACUGCAGACAGCAUAAAUCUUUCACUGUAUGUUCAGUAUCCAGUGGCAAGAGACUUUUCCAACUUAGUUAAGACCAUCUGAGGAGGACGUGGCAAACAGGAAUGUGCUAUACAUGUUGAUUAUAUUGUACACGAGCAUGAUGUUGUUCCCCUGUCUUUUGAUUGAGAGAUUGCUUUAUUUAUUUCGACCUAAUGAUUGCUGUAAUUAAUAAGUACUCGUCAAUUACAGUACCUGCUGAUGACAUACGCUGUCAUUUGGAUUUUGAAACUUCAGAGCAUGUUGUGGAUGGAGCAGCAUCCGAACAAGAUGAAACGAUACAAAGGCUCUUCCUGCCUGUGGGAAGCUGGAGGAUAAUUUUUGUCAAGUUACUCAGAACUGGAAAAGCGCAAGCUGUCCUCACAGGCAUCCUAUAUUAAAAAGGGCACUUGCAUUUAUUUUAUAUGUUUUAUAUAUAAAAAAGAAAUCAGUAGACAAGGCAAAUGUUUUAGCUUUACAGUAAAUCACUGAGAAACCUUUUUUCUUAAAACAGAAGCAGUGUUUUUACUAUUCGUAAUUCAGCCUGGAAUUGGCAUGAACUAUGGAAGGGAAUUGUUUAUACUCAAAAUUCUGGUAUAGAUUCAUAGUCUAGAAAGACUUAGGGUCCUUACAUCAAAGAACAGCAGUUCUUUUUAUGUUUU